AUGGCUCUCUUGGCUGGAUCCCUGUUGGGCCCCACGAGUAGGUCGGCAGCGUUGCUGGGUGGCAGGUGGCUCCAGCCCCGGGCCUGGCUGGGGUUCCCGGACGCCUGGGGCCUCCCCACCCCGCAGCAGGCCCGGGGCAAGACUCGCGGAAACGAGCAGCCGAGCAACAUCAAACGGAAGAACAAGCACGGCUGGGUCCGGCGCCUGAGCACGCCGGCCGGCGUCCAGGUCAUCCUUCGCCGAAUGCUCUAG